AUGGCUGACGCGGGACGUGAACUACAACGACUCACCAGAAACAUAAUGCACGCUAAACGAAAUAUAAAGCGCUGGGAAUCGGAGCAUGAGGAACUUAUCGCCCGUUUCUAUAAUUCCAAAGGAAAGGUAAUUGUGCCACCAGGAGUGGAUGAGAAGACCAAUGUGACCGCUUAUCAUGGCGAGAGUAGUGGUGAAGGCUCGAAGUUCGAGGGUGGUAAAAAUAUGCCUGAGCAGACUCCACCAAUCUCCGAGAGCGGCGAGGUCCCGAGAGAGGGUAAAAUGGACGUGGAUGAGGACGUACAAUGUGAGAAAGCCAAUGUUGUUGUUGGCAAUGCUGAUGGUCGCUUACAGGAGGUAGCUACGACUGCUACCGCCGGUUGCGACGAUCAGCUUCUUCCCGAUUCUGGGGACGUUGGGUGUUUGGACGAUUUGAUGGACUUGUCGGAUGAACUGAAGGGGGAAGAGGAUUGCUUAGGUAGAGCACUUGGGUCGCUCAAAAUUCAUGUUUAG